UGCAACCAAGGUUUCAACCCUUACCGUUGUGAUGAGUGAAUCACGCUCCUUUGUAAACAGACGAACUCAGUGACGCGAGGGUUGUUGUUUGGGUCAUCAGCUGAGCCAUGCGGGGUCUGUGGAGCUAUACUUUGUGGUCACGAGAAAAGAGAAGACUGACAAAGCAGCUACUGUUAUGUAAUCGCUUGUCAACUCCUGUGGUAGUUCGAUGUGCUGCAUCUCAAGUAGUGAAUCACGGUGAAGUGCUACAAAGACAGGAAGACUUUGCCAAGUACAACUCUCAUUCAAGAAGUGGAUCUUUUCUGUAUAGCAUUGUUGGGUUUGGGGCUGGUUUAAUUUUAGGGGCAAUACUGAAGUCUCACUAUAAUGAGUGGAGCAGAAGCAAGAGGUACCUCACCAAUGUCUUGCCCUCUGUCAGUGCUGCCAGUCCUUUUACCUUCACUCCAGCAGUGGAUCAUAACAAUAAUGAAACCAAUUCUGCAAAGCAAGAGGCAACGCUGAGCAAGAGGAUAACUCACAACUUCAUCGCUGAUGCUGUAGAAAAAGCAUCAGACAAAGUUGUAUAUAUUGACAUUAAGGAUGCUCGAAGGAGUCCAUAUGUCAAGUGUGGCCAGACUCUGUCCAAUGGCUCAGGAUUUAUUGUUUCAGAAGACGGCUUGAUUCUUACAAAUGCUCAUGUAGUGACCAACAGGCCCAGAUCCAGCACCAUAUUGGUACGACUGCAUGAUGGCUCAGAGUGUGAGGGAGUUGUGGAAGACAUUGAUGCCAUCUCUGACUUGGCUCUCAUCCGAGUAAAGCGUUGCAGUCUCAGCCCAGCACCACUAGGGAAGUCAAGUGACCUAAGACCUGGAGAGUUUGUUGCAGCUCUAGGCUCUCCACUCUCUCUAUGCAAUACUGUCACAGCAGGUGUAGUUUCCUCAGUGGGACGAGCAAGCAAGGAACUGGGUCUGCGGGGAAGAGACAUUCACUACAUUCAGACUGAUGCUGCUAUUACUUUUGGUAACUCUGGAGGUCCUCUCAUCAACAUGGAUGGAGAAGUGAUAGGCAUCAACUCCAUGACAGUCACUUCAGGCAUCUCCUUUGCCAUCCCAAUUGACUAUGCAAAGGAGUUUAUUGCCAAGGCUGAGAAGAAAAGAGCCGAACUUGCCAAGUACCCUGAGGCACAGGGGCCUGACCGCCGCCGCUACCUGGGAAUCACCAUGCUAACCCUCACACCCUCCAUCAUGCAAGAGCUUCAGUCCCGAGGGAAUAUGACAAACCGAUUCCCGCCAGACCUCACCCAUGGCAUUCUGGUGUGGAAGAUUGUUGUGGGCUCCCCAGCAUACCAGGCCGGACUGCAGCCAGGAGACAUUAUAACACACAUCAACAACCAUGACAUUAACUCCUCCCGUGAUGUAUAUAAGUUCCUGGAGGGACGAGGGGAGCUCAGUAUGACUGUUGUACGAAAUGGCCAGCGGUACUUUGUGAGUGUAGUGCCAGAGGAGUAAUGAUAGAAAUCUCAUAGAGAUGUCAAAUGUGAAAAGACUGAAGCUGAUGUGAUAAAUAGUUAGUACUUCCUUUUUCAAGUGAGAAAGUUUGAUGAUGCUUAAUGGAAAGAAAUUUAUGUAAUGUUCAGUAUUGAAAUAUGAAUAGAGAAUUUAUUCCAAA